AUGAAGCUCAUCAUCACCGGGGCGACUGGCAAUGCCGGCUCAGGUAUCCUUGCAGCCGCGCUGGCUUGCCCACAAGUCAGCGAAGUGACCGUCCUCUCUCGACGUCCCGUCCCAAUUUCCCACUCAAAACUAGCCGUCAUCCUUCUGCCCUCCGCCGACUACCCGUCCGGGUUCGAUACAUGCUCUCCUGAGCUUGUCGAGCGUCUGAGAGGGCACAGUGCAAUUAUAUGGGCUCUGGCCGGCAAUCAGGCCAAGAUGUCAAAGGAGGAGUAUGUCAAGGUUACGCACGACUACACCCUCAACUUUGGCAAAGCCCUCUCAGCCCUUGGGACGGCCGACAAGCCCUUCAAAUUCAUCUUUAUAUCCGGCGGAGGGGCAGGCUUGUCGGAGAAGGCUCUGCAAUUGGCAGAGACCGAAAGCUUCAUGACGGUCUCGAUCAGCCCUGGAAGAAUCAUACCUACCGCCGAGCACAGCGCCCAUAUGGGUAUCUUGACGGCGACAGCUCUCCGCACGAUGGGCGCGAUAUUUGGCGUGCUGUGGCUAUCGAUGGUCAUCAGCGCAGCGGAUUUAGGGUACGCGACAGUCAGAAUGGCCACCGAAGAUUGGGGUUGGGAUCUGAAGAUGGAAGAGGGAUGGAUCGGGAAUGGGAGUUUGGUCAAGGCCAUUCCGGCGGCAAAGAUUGCACAAAGGGACAUUUAG